AAACGGAUCUUUUCAUUCCCUACUCUGUCUUGUCUCCGUUCUAUCUACCGCAGGUCGCAUCUCAAAUACCUAGAGGCUAGAGAAGGAAGGAAGGAAGGAGAAGAAGAAGACGGAAGAAGGAGAAGAAGAAUUUGGAAGAAUUUACUGUUAACCAGACGCUGUCAAACGCAUUCAAAAGAAAAGGGAAGAGAAGCAAGAUCCAUAGCGAGCGUCACCAUUACCGAUGUCCGAACGAGUGAUGAAUCACUGAUCCAGGCGACAACGCGAGAACCGAAUUCGAACUCUGUUUGAUCUGGAUUGUGAGAAAUCGAUGGAAAGAAGAGGAAGGAAUUUUAGAUUCUUGCUUAAAUAGUGCUGUUCGAAGCAGCUAUUCUCAGAUUCCGGGAUAAAUGCCGGAGCUAGGGUUUUACAGAUUGUAGAUAUGGUGUAACUUGCUGAAUACUUAAUAUUUGUGCACAGAGCUUUCAAGCAGUUUAGCUUUUGCCUUUAGAUAUGGAUACGCUUACUCGGUAAUCGAAAGAAGAAAAAGAACAACGAGAUUCUGGAUUUGGAUAAGUUGUUUUGCAACGAAAAAUUAUAAGAACGCCUUCUCUUGUUCGCGGAAAACUGUGGAAUCAGUAAACAGAGAAAAACAGAAGAAGAGAAUGUAGAUGCAAGGAAAAGUACAAUUUUUGUGUAAUUUAGUGGGAUUGAACUGAGCUGACGGAGUUGAGAUGCAAAGGAAGAGUAUAAUUGGUUAGGGGACUGUUAAUGGAGAUCUCUGCAGAUGAUGUUUCACAGAAUUCAACUAUUUCUUCCAAUGAUGUUGGUCAACACCACAACAAUACUUCCCCUGACAUUGUGAAUCAAGGAGGAAUGGAAUGUGAACAUGAGAUUGGUGAAGCAGAAGCUAGAACUAUUCUUGAAGUUAUUUCUUCUACUGGAAAAUUUUGGCAUGAUUGGGACAAAUUGAAGAGCUUGCUGUCCUUCCAGCUAAAGCAGGUCUUGUCUGAAUAUCCGGAGACAAAGAUGGCUAGUGAGCAACAAACUUCUUCAUUAGGAGAGACUUACCAAGACUUGGUGAAGAGAUUGGAUGAAGCUCUUCUCAGCUUUGUGGAAGGUCCUCCAUUCACCCUGCAGAGGCUUUGUGAGAUACUUUUGAGUGCAAGAAGCAUUUAUCCAAAUCUGUCAAAGCUUGCCCUGGCGCUAGAGAAGAAUUUACUGGUGACAUCUACUCUGACGAUUUCAUCUGAUCCGUAUCCACCUGCAUUAAUGCAAAAACCCGAGGAAAUUGACAAAAGAGGUGAGGAACCUCAGGAAAGAGCGGAGGAACCUCAGGCAAACUCUGAUUCAGUACAGAAUGGGGUUGAACAUCAAACAGGCGACAGGGAUGAAGUAAUGGCGGAAGUAGAAGAAGCUGACGCUGAUGACAACAUGAGAAUCGACAUGGCAGGCCUUGAAGAAAUGGUUCGAUCAACAGAAUCAAAUUGUGUUUCAAAUACCAGCUCUUAGUUUUGAAAUCGUCACCAAAGGAAGUACAAGUAAGCUCAUCUGGUAGGGAAACAUUGAGGUCACUCUUUUAUUGGGAUUGCAAUGAGAUGUAUAUCUUAUUCAAAGUUUUGAUUGUUUCGGAAGUUGUUAGUUGUAAGUGAAAAAUUGCGGAGCGUUACUUUGUUACUUCACGCUGUGCCAGCUUUAACAUUUCAGGGUUGGAUGCUAUUAUUUUUCUCUGAUCAGUGAAAGUUGUCGAAAUGGAUGCCCUACACCUUGGAAUUUUGAUGGA